AAGCAGCGUGGAGAAGUUUGUGCCAAGGGCCUCAAAAAGUAUCUAUCACCUAGAGACGAACCAGAGCGAGGUACAGGACCACGCAGCGACCCACAAUCAUGGAAAAUUUGUCGUUUGAACAGAUAAACGAAUUCAAAGGAGCUUUCUCCAUGUUCGACAAAGAUGGUGACGGAAUCAUUACUUCCGCCGAGCUUGGGACGGUGAUGCGCUCCCUAGGACACACUCCCACUGACGCUGAGCUCCAAGCGAUCAUCAGUCAAGUCGACGGGGACGAGGACGGGACGAUCGACUUUCAAGAGUUUUUGGGCCUCAUGCAGCGGCGAGUUGGGGGAGAUUGGGACGCGGAACUCAAGCUGGCGUUCAAGGUCCUGGAUAAAGACAGCAACGGGACGAUUACCGCUCAAGAUUUGAAGCAAGUUAUGGCGAGUCUUGGUGGGACUGUUUUAUUCUUUAGUUUAUGCUCUUUGGAGCCUGAUGCGAAUAAUGCGAAGGGGAACGCUUGACGGACGCGGAGCUCGAUAGUAUGAUCAAGGAGGCCGACCUUGACGGGAAUGGAGAAAUUGACUAUGCGGGUUUGUUCUUUUCUUUGGGGUCGACUGCGUACUAUAGACUUACGAUCGACCGUUUCUCAGAAUUCCUCAAGGUAGGGCAUUCUAGCGCCGCCACCUAUAACCUGUGAUACUGAGGCGUUUUUGUUUCAAAGAUCAUGCGUAGUCAGUAGGUAUGAGUGUCGGAGCCAGAAGAAUAAAAGUUCAACAGGAUAUCUGUGAUACUGGUACAUGCGGAGAUUACACGCUUGGUACAGCUAAUUAUAUGAUACGAUGUAACGGUAAAUAAAAUGUCUAUUCUAGCACCGUGACAUAACCUGUAAUGCU